AGAGCCACCCUUUCCUUCCCAAACCCCAAAAAGCAAUUCCUCUCUUUUUCUCUCUAUUCUCGCGUUUUGGUCGUCGUCGAUUGUGAUUUUGAGGGUUAGGCUGCGCUCGCCGACUUCUUUCUCCCACCCCCCAUACCUCAUCGGUAAGCAGUGUCUAUCUCUCACCAGCCAUUAUCUCGCAUGGGAGGUCGAGGAUUCUCCCGCAGUUGUCCUAAUUUGUAGGGUUUCUCUUCGUCUCGUGCCUCAAUUUCUGGUUUCUUUUUAAUCCGAUUCUUUUUCAAUCUCCAAUAGUCCGAGGAAAAUUAGAGCUGAAUUGCACGAAGAUUGAAAUUCUGCUGGUAAUUGUGGUAAUAUGCUUUAUUUUAUCGUUUAAACCUCGUUUUGUUUUUGGAUCUGAGUUUGUUUGGGUUUUGGGUUCGCGUUGUAAGUUCUUGGUUCGUUUCUAUUUUAAUAGAGAAGUUGGGGAAACUUUUAUGUCUUUGAUUUGGUGACUUUGGGUUAGGGUUUUAUAGUGUUGGCGUUGAGAUUUAAAAAAAAAAAAAAAUUGGGUGGAGUCAUAUUUUUAUAAGAAAAAAUAAAUAUGGCUGCCGGGAGGCAUGGGGGAUAUCGCGAAAACGAGUUCAGGGACCGCGAGUCCAGCAGUGAAUUGUCAAGGAGGGAUUUUGCGAAUAUCAAGGAAGAGUGUGAUCGAAUUAGGACUAGUAAUGGUAAUCUUGACAUGGAAAGGGGUCAUAUUCGGGAUGCAAGAGAUAGGGGUAGGGUUAGGCAGAAGGAUAUUAAAGAGAGGGAGGUAAUGAAUGGGGGGUAUCGAUCAGCUUCAAGUAGGAGUGAUUCGGGCAGUAGUAGUGGUGGUGUCCGUGGGCCCAAGCGAUGUGGGUUUGUGGCUAAGGCUGUGGAUAGGGAACCUGGUGAGUUGUCAAGUGAAUCUGAUGAUGCUAUUGAAUCUGAAUCGCAGAUUAAGGAUCCCAAUGAUUCUAAGGCAAUGGAUAAUGGGGUUCGGUCACCAGCUCCAGAGAGAAAGAGGAAGUUUUCGCCUAUAAUAUGGGAUAGAGAUGACAAAGAAGUCAAUAAUUCAUCGAGAAGUAGGGUGUCUUCAACAGUGAAGGCUCUUCAUCGUCCCCCACUUUUACCCAAGGCAUACCAUCAGUCACCUGAUGUUGUUGUCGAUGGGAGUACACAAAUAUCUCCCGGUAAGAAUAGCAAGGAUGAGAAUUUACUGCGAUAUUCAUCACCAAUUAAUCCUCCAUUGGCAUCUGAGUCUGUGGGGCAUGGUGCGCCUGAGUCUCCAGUAGGCUUGUCUUCUGGGUCGCCAAGCCAGCAGUGGGGUAAUGAUUUGGAAGCAGAGCAGCUAGAAGAUGAUGAUUAUGUUCCAACACGGAACAUAUCCUCUUCAAGAUGGGCAGCUGGGAAUAACUCUCCAGUUGAUGAAGGUGAAAUUAUAGAUGAUGAGGGAGUACAUAAAAGGAGAAAGAAAAUGCCUUUAUCAGAUUCAUUGGAGGCCAAAGCACGUAACAAGUCGUUGAGUCCAGAGCUGGGGGAACUCAGAAGAGAAGGCUCUGAAAGAUCUCGAGCAAAAUCAUCUGAUUCUGAUGAACUUGUCACCCGUGGAAGGUCUUUGAAUCAGGAUGAUUAUGCUGAUAAUGAUUCAGAGAAGGAGGACUCCAUGCAAAUUGACGAGGAACACCAUAAGAAAUAUAGUAGUGCUAGCCAGUCAGAUACAGAUUCAGGGGAUGAAGAUGAUUAUCGUGGAACACCUGAACCUGCAGCCACUCCGCUAAGGAGCGUAAACAUGCUUCAGGGUUGUAGAAGUGUUGAUGAGUUUGAGAGACUUAACAGGAUUGAUGAAGGCACUUAUGGUGUUGUAUAUAGAGCUAGAGAUAAGAAGAGCGGGGACAUUGUGGCGUUGAAAAAGGUGAAAAUGGAGAAGGAAAAAGAAGGUUUUCCAUUGACUUCUCUGAGGGAAAUAAACAUUCUUCUUUCUCUUCAUCACUCCUCAAUUAUAGAUGUUAAAGAAGUGGUGGUGGGUAGUAGCCUCGAUAGUAUAUUUAUGGUGAUGGAGUACAUGGAACAUGAUCUUAAAGGACUCAUGGAGACAAUGAAACAGCCAUUUAGUCAGAGUGAAGUUAAAUGCCUAAUGCUCCAGCUUUUGGAGGGUGUUAAGUAUCUCCAUGAUAACUGGGUGCUUCAUCGGGAUUUGAAGGCAUCAAAUUUGCUUUUGAAUAAUCGGGGUGAGUUGAAGAUUUGCGACUUUGGGUUGGCACGUCAAUAUGGGAGUCCAUUGAAACCAUAUACUCAUUUGGUGGUUACCCUUUGGUACAGGGCACCUGAACUUCUAUUGGGAGCAAAACAAUAUUCCACGGCAAUUGACAUGUGGUCGCUGGGUUGCAUCAUGGCUGAAUUCUUAUCAAAGGAACCGUUGUUUAAUGGGAAAACCGAGUUUGAUCAACUUGACAAGAUUUUUAGGAUUCUUGGCACACCAAACGAGACAAUUUGGCCUGGGUUUUCCAAGCUGCCUGGGGUCAAGGUCAAUUUUGUCAAGCAUCAGUAUAAUCUAUUGCGGAAGAAAUUCCCUGCUACAUCAUUCACUGGAUCUCCAGUUCUCUCUGAUUCUGGAUUUGACUUGUUGAACAAACUUCUAACUUAUGACCCUGAGAAGCGAAUUACAGCUGAAGCUGCUCUUAAUCAUGAAUGGUUCCGUGAGGUACCUCUUCCCAAGUCCAAAGAGUUCAUGCCUACUUUCCCUGCUCAGCAUGCUCAAGACAGACGUGUGCGGAGAAUAAUGAAGAGUCCCGAUCCUCUGGAAGAGCAGCGUAGAAAGGAGUUGCAGCAGGGUCAUUUAGGGACUGGCGGUGUGCUUGGUUAAGUUUAUGAAUCUGCAGGGUGGCCUUGAUCUCCUUGCUUUUGUUUUGUUCAACGCUGACUAGUAACGUGGUUGAGGUGAGAAGACAUGCAUUGAAACGAAGUUACAAAAACUGUUUGUUGGGAGAUCAUUCGUGCUGUUUUUUAGCAGGCACUAUUCAGUGAUUUGGGUGGACACUCUUAUGGCCUUCCUGUCAACCAGACUUAUUGCAGGUUAACUUUGUUCUCCAGCUUUGGUCAUCAUUGCUUGCAUUGCCAAGGUGUGGCAUGACUGCCUUUCUUCUGAAAAAAGAAGUUUCAGCAGAAACUUGUGUAACAUAUUCUCUUUGCUACAUUGUAAACAGUUCUUUUGAAUUUUUUUGAAUAUUAUAAAAGUAUGGAAUUUCCCAGCUAUCAGUUCUAUCUUUUUUUUCUUUUAAUUAUCACAUUGUGUUUGCAAGAGACGGUAUGAUUGGUGUGAAGUGGAGGGGAUGCUCUUUGCUUUCCAUUGACGAAGAAACUGACAGUAAUCAUAAUGCUUCAAGCAUCAAAGCAAGCAGGUUGAGGAGGUUUCCUGUGUACACUGGAAUUUAUAGAUCUUCAAUUAGGUGUUCCUUCUGGCUCAUUCAAGUUCAAUGAUGUAGAAUCUUCACCAUUACGGCCAUUCUCAUAUCUUACCAAAACAUGUAAGAUUUAAUUUUUUAAAAUUUUGAUCGUAUUUUCUGACAUCAGCUUUGGGCCCCUCCGCAGUGGGGUUUAUGGCUACGUAGCUGCAUCCGGCUUGGCCGACAUGCUUGAUGCUGGCACGCUUUUUUGAAGAAUGGCGUGAAAAUUGCCUGUAAAUUGUUAAUAAACUAAUUUUUUAAGUCUCUCUCUGAAUGUUGUUAUUUGAACCGACCGUCGAUAGUCCGUGCUGUUUCUUUAUGAAUGCUGUCGUUGUUCCUUGGGAAAUAAUGCAGGCUGGCAGAACCCCCCCACGCAUUCGUUGCGCGGAGAAACCAUAUAUAUACAAAUCGUGUGCACAUGAUCAUUUUUA